GGAACCAAGGUCAAACAAACAGCGGUAAAAAUAUGUUUCAAAAGUGCAAGUGUCGAUGAUGAUAUAAAAUAAUAAAUAACUAAUUUCAAAAACAUUUUUAUUUAUAAAUUUUCUUUAUUGACAUUAUAUUUUAGGGAGACUUAUUUAUAAGCACAAUAAUAUGUGCAUAAAGUCUUUAGGAUUUCAAAGAUUUUAAAUUGCAAAAGGGAGGAAAUUUCUCAUUUCUGAUGGCUGAAGGAUGGCACACCAACGAAAUGGGCUUGAAUAUUCAAAUAACGAUAGAAAAUUGCCACAUUGGCUCGAAGAUAUUACCAAGGAGAUGAAAGAAACACACAUAAAUAGCGAUUCCUGUCCUAACUUCGACGAACCAGUUUUGAUACUUGGUAACUCGAAACUAGAAAAUACCAGACUAUCCCGAAGAACGUCUUUGGAUAACAAAUUGGAUCUUCUGACAAAACCAAAAGGUCAGCCAAUAGCUUUAUCCGCAGGUACUAUACGUCCUAAUAACAAAGGAUAUUCUCAAAAUGGUCGACGGAAAUACAGUGUCAGAAGCAAAGUAGACUGGGGUGACACAGCCAGUUGUGGUUCUCAUGAUUUUAUGUCUGAUCUUCUACCGCAUUAUGUAACUCCUAGACACAGGCGUUCAAACAUUAUAGAUGACGACUUCCAUGAUGUUAUAUUAGGCCCAAAACUUCAAGAUACGAAUAAAUUACGUAAAACUAUUAUCCAAAAAGAAGAAUCAAUGAAUUUUCAAAAUAACGUGAACAGGAGACCAAGUAUUAAGAAUCAGAUAAAAACGACAUCAUUAAUAUCUGUGCCCGCGCAUAAGGAAGUGCCUAAAACAGAGUUUGUUAUUCCGGAAUUGCCCGAAGGGAGACUGUUGGAGAUAAAGAUUUUUUCCAAUUGGGGCGACAAGUAUCUUGUUGGCAUGAACGGUGUUGAGAUCUUUGAUGCUAAUGGAAAUGACGUAAUAAUCGAAAAGGUAUGGACGGACUCGGAAGCGGGCGACCAGUGCAGCGCGGCGAGCGUGGCGGACGGUGUGCUGCGCACGCGCGACGAGCGUCACGUCUGGAGUGCGUCUGCGCCGCGCGCCGCGCCCGUCGCGCUCUGUCUGCUGCUAGCCAGGAGGGCUACGCUGGCGCUGUUGAGGAUAUGGAAUUAUAACAAAUCCCGCAUAUACUCGACGCGCGGCGUGCGGUUGGUGCAGAUGAGAUUGGAUGACCAGAUCAUCUUCCACGGGGAGAUCGCAAGGUCCAGUGGGGAGCUCAAGGGAUCCUUGUCCAGCUUUGGCGAUACAAUCCUGUUCACAAAGGACGCCAACAUCCUCGAAGCCGUAAUGGUGAACGACAGGAACUUCCAGGCGCUUCUUAGGGACAACGAACCCAUGGAGACAACAACUGAACAGCGCCCUCCAACGGCCAACGACAGCAACCAGCUAAGCCCUAGUGAACUGCUGGAUUCUUUGAAUUACGAGGACAAGGAGAUCAAAUAUGUGGUGAAGAAGGUCACCUUAACAUUGAUGUCCAAUUGGGGGCAAAGGCAUUUGAUAGGAUUGACAGGCAUCGAAGUGCUCUGCCACAAUGAACCUAUCCAAGUCCAUCGCGCGUUUGCAUUUACUGCACCUGCAUCGGACACCCCUCCCCCUCCCCCUCCCGCCUCCCUCGUCGAGGUCCGUAAUCUGUUCAACGGCCGGAACAUCACGACCGACUUUGACGAUAUGUGGUGCACUAGUUUCAGCGCCUAUAAUCACUGUCAUGUGGUGUUGGAGAUGAGAGAACCUACUGAAAUUACAGGUAUCCGCCUGUGGAACUACAACGCGAACAUGGAGCUGUCGUAUAUCGGCGUUAAACACGCCCGCUUGUACCUGGACGACGUGAGCUUGCACCAGCGGCCGGCGCUGCUGAGGAGAGCGCCCGGAGACACUUGCUACGACUUCGUGCACCAGCUGGAGCUCACAGCUCUCGAUGACAGAUUGAAUGAGCCUGAGAAUCUGACUCCAUGGUCUCCUGUCACGAAUGAUCUACCAGUGCCGGUCGGCUUUGUACUCCAGAUCAAUAUCUUCUCAACAUGGGGAGACCCCUACUACGUGGGCCUGACUGGGGUUGAACUGUACGACCCUAAUGGAGAGAAGAUACCACUCAAUGAGAGCAUACAGAAAUCAAUGGCGAAUUGGAGGGGAAGUGAGAAGGAAAGGAAAGGCGAAUUAGAUUGUGACGUGUGCGCGCAGCCGGCGAGCGUGAGCGUGCAGGACGCGCGCACGCCGCAGCGGCUCGUGGACGGACACAACGCCGCCGUCGGCCGCGGCGCGCACGCCUGGCUCGCGCCUGUGUUGCCGCGCACGCUCAACCGAGUAUUUUUCGUGUUCGAUAUGCCAGUGGCCGUGUACGGCAUGAAAAUUUGGAACUACGGGAAGACGCCGACGCGAGGUGUCAAAGAAUUUGGAGUACUGAUGGAUGACCUAUUGGUUUACAACGGUACCCUGGAUUGUGCCAAAAACAGUGACUUUCUGACGCCGCAAUGGAUUUGUUUGCAAAAUGCUGAAGCGGACAAUAUUUCACCGAGUUCGUCGGACGUUGUCCAGAGGACCACUACAAGCGGGUCGCACGUAUCGGCGGACCAGACCGCGCGUCCGCACACCAGCGUGCACAGCGUACAAAGCUACCACUGACCGCAUAUACCUAGUGGUGCGCACACGCAGAUUGGGAGUUGCUAAUGGCAGAAAUUGCAAUUUGAGUUCACACGUCUCAAAAUUUGAGGAUAUAUUAUUGUAAUGGUCGCGGUUUAAUUUUAUACCCGGCGACCGUGAUUUCUUUCGCGUAAAUGAUUUUUAUUUUUUGCAAUUUUUGUGGGAUUAAGGAAUUUUUUUAUAAAACAAGCCGACUAAAAUAUUCAAGCGGUGUAGCUGUUUUUUUGAAAAAACUCUCGAGGAUGGCAUUCCAAUUGUUAUUAAUAUUUAUUUAUCUUACGCUACAUUACGCAAGAGAUAGCGAGAUAAUAUUGGAUCCCAUAUAUAGUUUUAUUCUUAAUUUCAUCCCUGAAAUAAAUUCGCACUCGCUUUUAUUUAUUCGAAUGUGUCGGAAACACACACACUUUACCACUCCCAUUUUCGUUUAACACACUAGGCGCGUUUUGUCAUUUUUAGUUAGUUCGUAAAACUGACAAUGUAAGAUUAUGAAAUAAGGUGUGUUAGCGUACAGUUAUGUCAAUCGCAAGUAUACGUUUGUAACCAGCAAGGUAAAGAUAAACUGUAUAGAAGUAACUGUAUAGUUUGUGCCUGUGGAUCGCUUUAGAAAAGGUGUAGCGAUAGCGUAUAUGUAGGUAGCAAUGAAAGAUUGCAAGAAUUUCAUAGCACUAUAUAUUUAUCAUCAACGCAGUCAUUAGACGAAAAGUUGAGUAGACUGCUCGCACGCCAAAAAGUCUUAUAAGUAGGUAUAUCAAUGUGUUCACUUUUUUGGAAUUCAUAGAUAGAGACGCCAUGUAAGAAGUCCCGUGGUUAUAAAAUGAAAUUCUCUCUCUUUAAUCCUUGCAUACUCAGGUUUCAUUCAACGGUGUCACACACCGAAGCUCAGGCUCCGAUUAAAAAAUGAAGCUUUAAAUUUUGAAUGGAAUGGUUGUGAUAUUACUGCUGCCUGCCUGAUGUGAACCCUCUUUUGGAAUGCUGUUGUUGCAGCUUUUUAGUGGACAUAUUGAUGGGCCACAUUGUUAGUGACAGUAGCCCCGCAAUCAGUGGGACUCCUUUCAUGGCGCGAACUUCAGUAUAAUGUGGAAAGUAUGUGUCCGCUAUGCUGCGCCCACACCUACGUGUUGCUUGCUGUGAAAACAAAAGGGAGGGGGGCGCGAUAAUGCGGAGUUUGUCGUGUGUAUGAGCCCAAUCUUUGUAAUUAAUAAAUUACCUAACUGUUUUAAACUAGUAAAAUAUAAUUGUUUGUCGCCGCCAUUAACUAGUUCAGUUGAAAUCAAUGUGUUGUUUAUUCUAGUGAACAGUGUAACAUUCAAUUUUGUACCAGAAAUAAAUUAGGGUUAUUUAUAUAUAUA